UAUUUAUUUUGGUUCAAUUUUGUUGAGAAAAACUUAGCUGGAUUACAUUACCCAUACAGAUCACUCUUUCUCAUGGUCGGAAUUGAAUUUCUUAUAAGUAAUCUUUCUUAUUACCCAAAAAGAAAGUCAAAGUCUUCUUGUGUGUGUGUGAGAGAGAGUACAAAGGCCUCCCAUACAGGGUUGCACGUUCUCCUCUUACAUGCCCCCAACAAUCUCUUCCCCAUAACUUUCUCCUCAUCAAAGCUUCAAAAACGCCAUUAUCUUUGCAAAAGUGCUCCCUUCCAUGGAGGACUUGCCUUUGCCAUAAUGUCUGCUCCACCACCAUCUCCACCGCGGAACCCGGCUCAGCACCACCGUUAACGGUUGACGAGAGCAGCGCAAAUGGAAGAUGGUGACAGAUAUGGGUUCUCCAGCCCUCCUCUCCUCCACCACCAUUUUUACCUCCUUUUCCUUUGUUUCAUCUUCUUCAACACGGGAAUCCCCUGCAUCGCUCAAAGGCAUGGCUCAACAUUCAUCCCACCCGAUAACUAUCUCAUCAACUGCGGCUCCCCGGAUACCACCCUGCUCGACGACGGCCGUAGUUUCAAGUCCGACCCCCAGUCAUCUUCUUUCCUGUCCACCGGUGAAAACAUAUUAACUUCUGUUGGCUCCCUUCCUAAAACUGUCUCCUCCUCCUCCUCCUCCUCUUCUUCUUCUUCAUCUCUUCCUCUAUACCUCACUGCAAGGAUUUUUGAAGACGAAUCAAUGUACAGGCUUCUCAUCUUCAAACCCGGCCGCCAUUGGCUGCGCCUCUACUUCUACCCACUUCCACAUCCUGCAUAUAAUCUAACAAGUGCUGUGUUCACUGUAACCACUGAUACUACAGUUCUAUUGCAUGACUUUUCAGUGCAGGACAACACUGCAUUGGUGUUCAAAGAGUACCUCAUCAACAUCACUUUGGACAGCUUCUCCCUCAAGUUCUCUCCAAUGAAACACUCAUUCGCGUUCAUAAAUGCCUUCGAGCUUGUCUCUGCUCCCGAUGAUCUGAUCUCUGAUUCAGCAUCUUCAAUUUUCCCAGUUGGGGAUAUCAGUGGCUUGUCAGGCUACGCUCUUGAAGUAUCCUAUCGGUUCAAUGUGGGAGGGCCAAUGAUCACUCCUAGAAAUGAUACAUUGGGAAGGACUUGGCUUCCUGACACCCAGUUCAUGAAAUUCCCACAAGGGGCUAAGAAUGUGUCUCUGGCUCCUGACGUUGUCAGGUACCCAGAGGGCGGUGUCACGCCUUUGAUUGCUCCAAAUUGGGUGUACGCCACAGCUGAGGAGAUGGCUGAUCCCGGUGUAGCCAACACAAACUUCAAUCUCACCUGGGUCAUGGCUGUUGAUCCAACCUUCUCUUACUUGAUCAGGAUGCACUUCUGUGACAUUGUGAGCCAAGGCCUCAAUGAACUCUACUUCAAUAUCUAUGUCAAUGGGAUGGUGGGAGAGUCCAGUCUUGAUCUCUCAACCCUGACUUCUGGCCUUGCAGUGCCUUACUACCAAGAUUUUCUGGUCAAUGCGUCCACCAUCUCCAAUAGCUCCUUAAUCAUUCAGGUUGGCCCUGCUUCUAAUGUUCAGUCAAGCCUCCCAAAUGCUAUUCUCAAUGGCUUGGAGGUGAUGAAGAUGAGCAACAUGGCUGGAAGCUUAGAUGGGUUAUUCUCUUCCAGUAGAGCAGACCAGGAAUCCCAUUCUGGGCCUGGUUCAAUAGAAAUAGCUGCAACUGUAGCUUUAGCAAUGAUGGUAACAAUAAUAGUGGUGAUUUUGAUUGGCACGGCUAGGCGGCGAAGGAGACCUCAAGGAUGGAACCACAAGCAGCGUAGCUUCUCAUCAUGGCUGCUUCCUCUCAAUGCCAGCCAAUGCAGUUUCUUGUCCUGCAAGAGCAAGAGCAGCCACUCAAGUUUUAUGUCAUCCGGGAUUGGGUUAGGCCAGUUCUUCACUCUAACUGAGCUGCGAGAAGCGACAAGGAACUUUGAUGAUGCAGCAGUGAUUGGUGUUGGAGGGUUUGGAAAAGUGUACAUUGGAGAGCUGGAAGAUGGAACAAAGCUUGCCAUAAAGAGAGGGAACCCCAGUUCAGCACAAGGGAUUAAUGAGUUCCAGACAGAGAUACAGAUGCUUUCCAAGCUACGCCAUCGCCAUCUUGUUUCAUUGAUAGGUUACUGCGAUGAACAAUCAGAGAUGAUCCUUGUGUAUGAAUACAUGGCAAAUGGUCCUCUUCGCGACCAUCUCUACGGCUCCAAGUACCUGCCUCCAUUGCCCUGGAGACAAAGGCUUGAAAUUUGCAUAGGCGCAGCCCGCGGUCUGCAUUAUCUCCACUCUGGUGCAGCACAGGGUAUAAUCCACCGCGAUGUCAAGACCACAAACAUCCUCCUGGAUGAGAAUUUUGUCGCGAAAGUUUCUGACUUUGGCUUGUCCAAAGCUGCACCAACACUGGAACAAACCCAUGUUAGCACAGCUGUGAAGGGAAGUUUCGGGUACCUUGAUCCCGAGUAUUUCAGGAGGCAGCAACUCACAGAGAAAUCCGAUGUUUACUCUUUUGGAGUAGUCCUUUUCGAGAUGCUGUGUGCAAGGCCUGCGUUGGAUCCAGCAUUGCCCAGAGAACAGGUGAAUUUGGCAGAAUGGGCAAAGAACCAACACAGGAAGGGCUCAAUUGAGAAGAUCAUUGAUCCCCAUCUUGUGGGUAGCAUUAGCCCACAAGCUCUGAUGAAGUAUGUGGAGACCGCAGAGAAGUGUUUGGCAGAUUAUGGCGUUGAUAGGCCGUCCAUGGGAGAUGUGUCGUGGAACUUGGAGUUUGCUUUGCAGCUUCAAGAUGCAUCCUCAAAGUUUGAUCCUACUGAAGAUGGCAGUGAAGAAGAUGAGUUCGUUGUCUUGAACCCAUCAGGCAGAAAAGAGAGUAAAGUAGAGCUGACCAUUGACAUCAGUGAUGAUUCAGGAGCUGUAGUUGGAUCUCCCCUAUUUUCUCCAGAUUUUCAGGGAAGGUAAGGGACUCAAUUUCAAGUAUUUUCGGGGAGACUUUAUGCCAAGAAGGUUGGAAGCAAAUAUCUUUACCUGUAUUGUCUUUUCUUUCUGCAUCAAGUUGUUCGUACACACUGUUUUUGUGCAGAACUAACCUUGUUGUUUGCCUUUGUUAUUUUAAAGUUUUUUUCUUGGAGUUUGUGGAUUAAACUUUGCUAUAUUCUCAGAAGUAUCCAUUAUGCUUCUGUUAUCUCACGCAACUGCAACAUACUUUGUUCGCUAUUUAUUGGUAAACAUUUUGCUCUCUCUCA